AUGAAGACUCUGAUUGUUCUUGCUCUACUGAUGGCCGCCGUUUCGGCCCUACCGCAAUUCGGAUUUGGACGUCCAGGAUUUGGGGGCCCAGGAUUUGGUGGCCCAGGAUUUGGCGGCCCAGGAUUUGGCGGCCCAGGAUUUGGAGGCCCAGGAUUUGGCGGCGGCGGCUUUGGAGGUGGUCCUUAUGGCGGUUACGGAGGAGGCCCAUACGGCGGUGGAUUCGGUGGCGGUCCCUAUGGCGGUGGAUUCGGUAAUCCCUAUGGCGGCUACUUUGGCGGUGGAAGACGUCACGGCGGCGGACGCGGUGGUGGCGGUGGUGCUGCCUCUGCCUCGGCCUCUUCGUCAGCCUCCGCAGCUGGUGGUGGUGGUGGAGCCGCCUCCUCUUCCGCCUCUUCAUCCGCCUCCGCUGCCGGCGGUGGCUUCUACGGAUAA